CGGCAAGCCAUGAUCCCCAGGCAUUCAUUCAUGGGGCCUUUCAGAGGACACAUGAGUACCAAAAGCAGCCCCUUCUCUCCAAGUUCUUCCUGCAAGCUGUCAAGUCAGUACAUCAUCGAAGAUCAUAUGGCAACACAUUACAGAAAAUUGCUAUCUGCCAAAGCUGCUGUUGAUUCAUCUGCUCCAAAGAGUUUGAACAUGAGCAUCAAAUACAGAGACCAACAGAAAAGAGAGGCCCUUAUCAAAGCAGUUGAGAAAUACAAGAAAGAAGUGGCACGUGUUCUUUCAGCCCCUCCAAUUCAUUCCAGGAGCAUUUCCAGCAAUCAUCAUAAAUUACAGAACUGUCUGGAUUUGGCUACAAACAGAAGAAUGCCAUCCUUGAAACAAAGAGAUGAGUACUUCCCCAAGCAUUUCAAGAAGCCACGUUCAAGAACUCGGUCCCAUGUUUUAAGCUCAGAGGAGACUAUCCAAGAUAUUGUCUGGCAGUCUUUAUCUCAGGCUCUUUACAAUGGCAAGAAGAUAAUUCACCAACAUCCUCUACCACUCAGCCAGUCUCACAGACUGAGCCCUUCUCUGAGCCACAGCAGAAAGAAGACCUUUCAACCCCUUCAUAAGCAAACGUUUAAUGGAGACCUAUUGGACAUUCAUAGACAAUGGUUUACAGAAACAAAGAAGCCCUUUAUACCAAGAGUUUUAAAAACAUCAAAUAAAUCAUUCCUUUCAAAAUACAGGUAUUAUAAUUCUCCACACAGAACGAAGACCUUCGCAUCUGAUAAACCGUCGUACAAAAACCCAGGAAAGUUUUAUAGGGUUCUGGAAGAUGAAUGUCUAAGAUCUUAUGCAGAUUACUUCACGCGGCAUCCACUCAAGAAACACAAGCAGACUUCUAUUUCCCUGCAAGCUCUGCUUCAGGCAAAAGAGGAAGAAUUGAAGUACCUUCAAUUUCUUAAGGAGGUUACAAAUGACAUUUUGAUUAGAAGCUGUUACCAGAACAAGGCGCUUGGUGAUGUGUUUCAGAUACAUGUUAGAAACGGAAGGUGUGACCUUGAUGAGGUAAAAAUGCAAAGAAUUUUUCAUGCCCUGAAGGAAGAUUUGAACUACUGCACUGAUCUGCCAGAUCCUUCUAUCAGUUACUCUGGCUUGGAACACAGGAGUGGUCGCCUCAUUGCGCCAAAUAUGUAG